UUAAAAUAACGGAGGGAACUUGAGUUGUUUUGAUUGGUUUGUUUGAAAAGAUUUGGAGGGGGAAAGUAGAAUAUAAGGAGGCUGCCUUAAGCAGAGUUUUAGUGCAAGUUAGAGAGCUGAAGAGAGUUCAAGUGAGGGAGUUCAAGGAGUGCAAGUUACUGUCACAGUCAGAGAGAAUGGGAGCUGGUGCUGGAAAGAGAGCUGAGAAGUCACUGGGAGCGUUGUGACUUGCUGGAGGACCAAAUCACUCCUAAAGCAGCUGAAGGGAGAGCCUGGGAUUGAUCCUCAGAACUGGGAAGGAAGAGCAGAACCUGAGACUGAGCAAGGGAAAAGCCAGGCUUGCUGCAGAAGCUGACUAGGGGUUGUUGCAAGAGGACUCAUGGAGAGGACUCUGAGUUGGGGCCCAGUAUGCAGAUACCAAGAACUGGAACAUCCUGUCUUUCCUGUUUGCCAUUCAGGAGAUCAAUCGGAAUCCCAGGCUCUUACCCAACGUCACCCUGGGCUACACCAUCUAUGACAACUAUCUCAAUGCAAGAGCUAUCUAUGAUGCCUUGGUAGACCUGGUCUCCACUGGGCAGGUGAAUGUUCCCAACUACAAGUGUGGAAGAUGGAGUAUGCCCUUGGUUGUUCUUGAAGGGGAUGAAUCUGAAAACUCCAUCCAUAUUGCAACCAUGGUGGGCAUCUACAAAAUCCCACAGGAUCGAACUUGGAAAUCCCAAGAGCUGUUCAUAAAAUCAGAUGCAAGUUCGUCUCUCAAUCAUCGUGUAAUAAAAGCAAGUCUGAAUCAAUCCCAGCCAUUUUGGCUGAGAUUAGAAGCUCUCUGUUAGAGCCAAGAAUGGAAGCAGCUCUCUGCUUCGCCUCCCUCUCUGCCUUUCCUUCCUUCUCCAUUCUUCUCCUUUCUUCUGACGGUUCCUGUUCCUCUAUUUCUCUGUCAGAGUGACCAGCAGCCUCCUAAUACCACCAACCUUUCCUUUAUUCGACUUUUCGUCCAGGUUCCCUGCAAAACUUUUCCACAGCAAAACUUUUUUCACAGCAAAACUUUUUUAAAAAGAGGUAGAGGGGAACUUCAGAAGCAAUAACAGUUCCAUAGCUGGCACAUUCAUGGGACUUUCCUACUUGAGUCAGAUGUUAUUUUGCAGGGCAAAAAGAGGAAGGCAAAUGUUUUUACAUGCACAUCUGUGAGGGUGUCUGCCUGUGCCCCAUCCCCUCAGGGGAAUAUCUUACAGCACUCACAUGGAGUCUCCCAUUCAAAUGCAAAUCAGGGUAAAGCCUGCUUAGAAAAGGGGCAAUCCAUGCUUGCUACUAACAAGCAGAAGGUUGCCGGUUCAAAUUCCCCUGGUACUAUAUCGGGCAGCAGUGAUAUAGGAAGAUGCUGAAAGGCAUCAUCUCACACUGCGCAGGAGAAGGCAAUGGUCAACCCUUCCUGUAUUCUACCAAAGAAAACCACAGGGCUCUGUGGGCGCCAGGAGUCGAAAUCGACUCGACGACACACUUUACCUUUAAGCUGUUUAGGGCUUUAAACAAUAGCAUUGCAACUUUCUCCCAAUAUCCACCCCCACUCAACAUUAAAGACUCCACAUUUAAAUUUGGCUUUAUUAUUCUAGAACUUUCUGUGAAUGCGGCUGUCUAGAAUUCCAUUACUGGCUAGAUUACCACAUAUGAAAGGAAGGUCAUUUAACUGAGCUUCCAAGAAAUUACAGCUAACGUCCAUAUAAAAUUCAUCUUUGGGGGACUCAAAGACUGUCUGAAGAAUAUCUUCAACACAUUUCCCCUGAUAUCUGCAGAUAUUUAUCUCAGUUGUCUUUUUAGCACAUAGUGUAUUCCAGACCUGGGGAUCUGAUUUCUUCACCAAGUUCUGUUCCUGAUCCCCAACAUCUCUGGGUAGGGCUGACAAAGUUUCCUGCCUGGAGAGCUGCUGCCAGUUAGAGUAGACCUAAUUUCCAGUAGGGCUGGAAAAUGUACAGCUGUUCUUGGACUACAACUCCCAUCAUCCCCACCCAAGGGUGAUGAGACUUGUAGAGGACUUAAGUUGUGCAGCUGUGGAGCAGACAGUAUUCAAUCUGAUGGUCCAAUGGUCUGACUCAGUAGAUGGGACCUUCCUAUAUUUGUGUGCCAAUAGCAUUCUGAGUGUAGAUCCUUGAGGUCAGCAGUUUUGAAAUAUGGAAGCCACUAGCCAAUAAAUUCAAACAGUAGCUCAAAUACUAUGCAGCCAGAUACUGAUCUCAGCAAUAGGUGUAUUUGCUGUUGGAGAUGUGACUCCAUUGGCAUCAACCCUUAAUGCCAAUGACUCCCAGUGACCAUUGUGGACAUUAGGAGUAGAGAUAGAGAGUAUAGGAUUGUCCCCUUGUUCUCUGUAUUUCUGCUAUUGGUGGAAUGAUAUUCUUAGGACACUCCCUCCUUUGUUCUCUCUGUUCUAUCUUCUUCCUUCCACCAUGAGGUAGCUAGUACAGGGUGCAGGCCAUUCUAUCUAAGUUUGUAAAUUCUUCAGCUAAACCUUUAUUUGUUUUAGCUCUUAAGCAAUUGUCUCCAGAUCUCCUCUGUGAGGAGGAUCAGCAGCAUCUGGGGGGUCACUGUGUGAAACAGGAUGCUGGAAUAGACGGGCUUCCCUGGGCCUGAUCCAGCAGGGCUGUUCUUAGGUUCUCUGUUCUCAUCGAACUGAGGUUCUCUGCUAAAUAAGAGGUUAACUGAAAUUCUCUCAAAGAUUUGCUUCUUCUGAGCCCUGUAAACCUCACUGGUGUGGUGGUGAAGGUGGGGAGGCUCCGUGGCUACUAAGGUUAGUUAGUUAUUAGUUAGUUAUUCAAUUUCUAUACCGCCCUUCCAAAAAAAUGGCUCAGGGCAGUUUACACAGAGAAAUAAUAAAUAAAAAUAAGAUAGAACCCUGUCCCCAAAGGGCUCACAAUCUAAAAGAAACAUAAGAUAGGCACCAGCAACAGUCACUGGAAGUACUGUGCUGGGGGUCAAUAGGGCCAGUUACUCUCCCCCUGCUAAAUAAAGAGAAUCACCACAUUAAAAAGGUGCCUCUUAGCUAAGUUAGCAGGGGUAAGGAAUGCAUCACUGCACUUCUGUUGCUUCUCCCAUCAUUCUUCUUACCACGCAUGGAGCUCCUCUGCCUUUGCAAACCAUACCAGGGGAGUUUAAAGGGGCUUGGAAGAAGCAAUCAUGUUUGUGGCUUAGAUUGGCAGAUGACUGUCUAGUAUGGGAGCCUCUAAAACUUGACUACUGUAAUGCAUUCUGCAUAGGGCUGCCUUUGUACGUAGUCCAGAAACUACAGAAUGCAGCAGCCAGAUCGGUCUCCGGGACAACACAAAGGAACGACAUAACACCAAUUUUAAAAGAACUGCACUGGCUGCCGAUAUGUUUCUGGGCGAAAUACAAAGUGCUGGUUAUCCCCUAUAGAGCCCUUAAUGGCUUGGGCCCAGGCUUUUUAAGAGAACACCUUCUUUGUCAUGAAUCCUGCUGUUAUGAUCUUCUGGAGAGGUCCGGUUAAUGUUGCCACCAGCUUGUCUGGUGGAGACUCAGGGCCAGGCUUUCUCUGUGACUUCCCCAGGGCUUUGGAAUCUGUACCCUGCUGAAAUAAGAGCCUCAGCUUCUCUGCUUAUUUUCAGGAAGACCCUGAAGACUCACCUGUUCUUGAAGGCUUUAAAUUAGAAUUAAUUUUAAUAAGGUUUUAAUAACUGUUUUAUGCUAUUAUUUUAUUGUGUUUUGUGGAUUUUAAUCUGUGACUUUUAUAUAGUGUUAAAUUUUGUACACUGUGUAGAGAUGCACAUAUCAGGCGGUAUAUGAUAGAUAGAUAGAAAAAAACGCCCUUCUUGCUGGUUUCCCUCUCAAGGCUCCUUCCAAUAUACCAGUCUCUCUCCAUCAUAAUGGUAGGCACUCUGUAUUAUUAAUAAUUUUAAGUUAACAAAUGUCUCAUGAUCUUUGUCCAGAAAGCUUGACAAAAUGACAAUCUUUUCCCUUCCUUACUAGGUCAGUUAUGGUUUUGUUUCUCACCUUAUUAGUGAUAAAACUCAGUUCCCUUUUUUCUACCGGAUGGUCCCCAAGGAAGAACCCCUUUACCUGGGGAUUGUGAAACUGCUCCUGCACUUCAAGUGGACGUGGAUCGGGCUCAUUGUUCCAGACACUGGCAAUGGGGGAAGGUUCUUGAGGAUAUUCACCUCUCUGCUCACAAAGAGCAGCAUUUGUGUUGCUUUCUUACACAGCAUCCCAACAGGGAUGAAAUUUUAUUAUAAUCACCGUUUCAAGAUUGAUUCAUUUCUCAAGUGGCAUGAAGUCAAUGUCUAUGUUUACUAUGGAGACACAAGAUACUUCAUUGAUGGAAUAUUAAUCAAAGGAAUAUAUGACCAGCAUGUGCCUUCCACUGUGGGGAAAAUCUGGAUCAUAACAGCUUUAUGGGACAUGUAUUUGACGGCAAUAUGCAAUCAUUUACCUUCCCAACACAUCCAUGGGAUAUUUUCCUUCUUUAUCCAGACAAACAAAAGGAUCAAAUAUGUUGAUCUGGAAACAUUUCUUAAUGAAAUGAGUGCCUUUAGGGAGAUGAUGUUUCCUUGUUUUUAUUCAAAGCACACAUUGUCUGUGAAGGGCUGGACAAGAUGCAGAGAGAAGGAGAAGAUGGAGUCCUUUCCACAAGAGCUGGUUGGAAAAGCUCUGUCUCUAGACAGCUACAACAUUUACAGUGCUGUCCAGGCUGUGGCACACAUCUUACAUGCUGCAUAUUCAUCUAGAUCUAAGAGAACGACAAUAGCGGGAGGAGACCUUCAAAAGCUGCAGCCAUGGCAGGGGAAGCAAGUAUAUCUAAUGACGUGAGCUCUAGCAACCCCAAAUGCUCAAGAAGCAACAAGAGAUUUAGGAAUGGACACAGAGUUUUGUGACUCACACAAAGCCGCUAUGAGUCUGGAAGAGCUUCACCCUUUUCUGAGAAACUUCAGGUUUUAUGAGAAUUCCACAGUUGGGGUGUAUCUAGAUGAGAACAGUGACCUGGCAGCCGAUUUUGAUAUUCUGAGCUAUUUGGUGUUUCCCAAUGAUUCCGUUGUUGUAACAAAAAUUGGAAAUCUAAAAAGAACGGAAACCCCAGAGCUAAAGUUCACCAUUGAGCAGGAGGACAUCAUGUGGCCCAGAUGGCUUAACCAGACCCUCCCUCAUUCCAGAUGUACCAAAAGCUGCCCACCUGGGUACGCCAAGGAGGUUCAGGAAGGGAAGCCCAUUUGCUGCUAUGGUUGUUCUCCAUGCAUGGAAGGGACCAUCUCCACCCAGGAAGAUGCAGACAAUUGCAGGAAGUGUCCGGAUGAUCAAUACCCAAACAAAGGCAAAGAUCUAUGUAUCCCCAAAAUUUUCACCUUCUUGUCCUAUGAAGAACCUUUGGGGAUCAUCCUAAUUUCCUUUGUGCUUUACUUGUUCCUAACCACAGUUUUUGUGAUAGGAAUCUUCAUUAAAUAUCGAGAAACUCCCAUGGUCAAAGCCAACAACCGGGAUCUCACCGACAUUCUCCUCAUUUCCCUCCUGCUUUCCUUCUUAUCCUCCUUUCUGUUCAUUGGACAGCCUCAGAAGAUGACCUGCCUUCUCCAACAAACUGCCUCCAGAAUCAUCUUCUCAGUAGCCAUCUCUUCUGUGUUGGCCAAAACCAUCACUGUGGUGGUGGCAUUCAUGGCCACAAAGCCAGGGAACAGGAUGAGGAGAUGGCUGGGGAAGAGUUUGGCCAACUCCAUUGUAGUUUCCUGUUCCUGUGUUCAAGUUGGCAUCUGCAUCAUCUGGCUGGGGGUUUCUCCACCCUUCCCAGACUCCGACAUGCACUCCCAGCCUGGACAGAUUAUCCUGCAGUGCAACGAAGGGUCUGUUGCCAUGUUUUACGGUGCCCUUGGCUACAUGGGCUUCCUGGCUGCCAUCUGUUUCACGGUGGCUUUCCUAGCCAGGAAGCUGCCUGGGGCAUUCAAUGAAGCCAAGUUGAUCACCUUCAGCAUGUUGGUCUUUUGCAGUGUUUGGGUGUCCUUUAUUCCCACCUACCUGAGCACAAAGGGGAAAUACAUGGUGGCUGUGCAAAUCUUCUCUAUCUUGGCCUCCGGUGCUGGGUUGCUGGGCUGCAUCUUUCUUCCCAAAUGCUACAUUAUUAUCUUGUGUCCUGAUCUGAAUUCAAAGAAGCAUCUGAUGAUGAAAGUGAAUGGGGAAAUCUGAUCCUUAGUGUAGUGGCCAACACCCAGACUGAUGCUACAUUUGCACAAUAAGGUCCUACACCCUCAAGGAAAUCACAUAGUUGCAAAAAUCCCAUGUUGUACUCCUAUAGAAAUUCCUGCAACAUCAGACAAGAGUAUUGGGAUUUGUGAUUAGUUAGCAAUGUGCCAGGGAAGCUACCACUCCAGUUACUGUGGAGUUUAGUUGUUGCAGCUAUUUAAGGAAUGCUCAUGGAGUUAACUGUAGAUUCUAAACUAAAUUGAUUUAUUGGUGAAGUACAUUGAGAUAGGAAAAACCUAAUCCUAUCUAUCAGCGACAUAUAGUGGAUAGUUAGGGAGAAAGAGAUGUUUCUAUCUUCUCUCUUGGAGGAAAGGAAGUGGACUGACUCAUCACAGGAAGUACCUGAGGAGUCAAAGCAGGGGUCAUAGAGUAGAGGCAAGAAGGGACAGAUAAGGAGACCUUCACUAACUACCUCUGCUCCCAAUGCCCCUAGUGGUCAUUAGGAUAAUUGGUGCAAAAAGUCGAUGCAUAGGAACUCCGUCUCAAACAAAAAGAAGUGGUUUCCCAGCAAGAGAUGCAACAGAGGUUGUGUGUCUGGGUGGAACAAUUAUGUUUGCGCCCGUGCAACACUAGACUGAUCUGCAAGCUUCCUACAUUGCUAACUAGCUAGUGCAACAUCUGUGCACUUCUGCAAGGUGCUAAUCUGGAUUUAAAUUUUUGCAGUCUAUGUGCAGCAUGGCAGUAAAGGAAAAAAAUCUCAUUUCCUGAUGGGGCAGGACCAUAGCUCAGUGGUAGAGCACAUGCUUUACACACAGCAGGUCCUGUGUUCAAUCCCUGGCAGCCUCUCCAGGUAGGGCAGAGAAAGAUCCCUUUCUGAAACCAUGAAGUUGUUGCCCAUCCAUUGUAGGCAGUGGACCAAGGGACUCACUAAGGCAAUGUCCCAUAUUCAUAUAUGUUCAAUGUCCCUCCUAGUUGUCAGUAUAACAAUAUUGUCUUCUAUUAUUCACAUAUUUCACCACGGAAAUGAAUCAUGGCUGAUGAGGGUGAAUGCCUAGUGACUCUGCAAUGCAAAAACAAACAAUUUAUUUCAGGGAUUCGCAUCUGUCACUGGAUCACACUCUGCCUCUAACGAGGCUUUUUAAAAAUAUACUUAAUGUUCAUUAUUGGAAUUCCUGCAGAAAUUGCAACCUGUAGAAAUUAUUGGAAUUCCUCAUUUACUUCUUAAAGUCCAUUUUACUGCACUGUAGUGCUUCUGCAGUAGAAAUUGGU